ACCGCUUUCCGCCCACCUCUGUAAGACUGCAGCCUCAGUUUUCGAUACGUUCUUACAACAUUAAGGGCAAUGCAAUGUAUACGGCCAGUCUUGCGGAGACGGUGCUUGACAAGACAGUAUGGUUAAAUUAAAACAUAUUCUAUGAUGAUGGGUAUUUACCCGAACAAACCACGUGAAGAAUACGAAAGUGAAAACAGUUGUUUUUCCAUCUGAAAUGGCGGCGAAGCUGGGUUUUUCUUCCAGCCGCGCUUGGGCGAGGUCGCGGCGAUACCGGUGGUCAGGGGCUUCGGGACCCCUGGUGUUGUUUCUGAUUGUUGUGUGGUUCACCCCUGCGGCAGAAUCGUUGGAUAUGACCAUUUUUAGAAGUCCAAAUAAUGUAUUAUUGAAUACGGACAUUACCUUGGAAUGUAAAGUUACCGAUUUUGGAACGCCACUUCUUGACCUAUCAAACGUAGGUGUUAAGUGGUUGUAUGGAUCCCAAAGGAAAGAAAUCUAUAUCUUUAAUGCAGGAGAUGCUAUGGCUAAACGACACGGAGCCAAAAUAUUUGAAACUGAAUUACGGAAAGGAGAUGCUUCACUUUAUCUUCCAAAUAUCCAAUUAAAUGAAGCAGGAGAAUACAUUUGUGUUGUACUUGUCACUCCUGACAGAGUGGAAAAGAGUUCACAAAUUGUGGUCUUGGCUAAGCCAAAGGUGCUUCUAUCCACGCAACACAUUACCAUUCUGAAUGGUACAGAGAAAUCUGUCUGGUGUGAUGCUACGGAAUUUUAUCCUCAGAAGCAUGAAAUCUUCUGGGAAAAGAGAUCCAGAGGGAAAACUGAGAGAUUGGAAAGACAUGUCUGCACUGGAGCUGCAGUUUCUAAUAAUGAUGGAACGUUUAAUGUUUCCAGUAAUAUUAGAAUUGAACCAACUCUGAAUGAUGAUGGUAAUGUAUACAAGUGUACAGUGAGACAUCAGUCCCUUCCAGACGAACUUUCACAAAAGGUGAAACUCACGGUUGAAGUUUCAGAGCCUGAAUCAGCUUCAACAGCAGCAGUGGGAGCUGCAUUUGUAGGAGGAUUUGUGUUAUGUUUCCCGUUUGCUGCAGGACUACUUGCUUGUUGGUGGAGAUUUCGAGCAGUUCCUCCAAAAAUUACUGGAUGCAGUGAAUAUCAAGUUUUGAAACAUCUUGAAGAAAGCGUAGUCACUUGGAUGGUUAGCUCAUUUCGACCUUAUGAGAUUACAAUUGUGAUCUACGCAAAGAGGAAGCAGAAUGAUAAAUGUCAGCUUCUGAAUUGGAGCAACAAAGAUGGGAAAAUAAACUGCUGUCAGUAUAUAUCAACAAAUGGACCAGAUUGUAAUGAAACGAAAAUCCUCAUUCAGUCAGAUGACAAAGAUGCAUCCUUUAGACCACAGAUUUCUGAAUUUAAAAUUAACACACGAAAGAUUUGCAGUGUAGAAGUCAGUGUCGGAAUAUAUCCAGAUAUUUCUCAAGAUGAUGGGGCGGAGUUAAGUAUCCAAGUUCAACAUCAAGCACUUAAAGAGCCUAUAACUAAGACACUGACACUAGAUGUUAAAGGAGUGCCACCUAAGGUUUUAAACAUUUUGACGCCACCUCUCAUCAAAGACAAGGAACCUGUGGCUUUGUCUUGUUCAGUCAGUGGAUUUAAACCAAGACCAUUAAGUAUUAUAUGGCAACAAAAGAGAAAGAAUAAAGAUUUGGAAGAACUUGGCCGGUUGCAGCUGGACAACACGACAAUCAUACGCGAUGACAAAAGGAUGAAUUUGAAGGCAAAGCAUCACAUCAGUGAAGUGGAGCAUGAAGACAAAACUUACAGCAUUGUUAGUGUAUUAGUUAUUGUGCCAAAUAUACAGCAAGACCAGAACUCGCAGUACUUAUGUAGCAUACUGCACCACUCCACUAACGACAAGCAAGAGAAAGAAAUAACCCUAAGAAUUACAGUUUCAUUGCCAAAGAUCUCAGAAAUUAAGGCAGAUCCACCUUGCCCUGAAAUAGGAAAGCCUUUAAAACUUUCCUGCACGGCUUAUGGAUUUUAUCCAGAAGGAAAUCAGAUAUUCUGGUUCAAAGAUGAUAGUAAAAUUGAAGAUGCAUCACAAGCAGGAAUAGUCACUGAAGAAAGUACAGUGGAUUCCAGUGGUUUGUACUCACGAUCAUCCCAUUGGACAUUUAACCCAACGGCUCGUGAUCAUGGGAAAGAGUUCAAGAUGCAAUUCCUUCAUUCUGAAACUUCAAGCAAGUCUGUCACAUCCAGUUACUGUCUGCAAUUAAGAGUUUCAUUGCCAAAGAUCUCAGAAAUUAAGGCGGAUCCACCUUGCCCUGAAAUAGGAAAGCCUGUAACACUUUCCUGCACGGCUUAUGGAUUUUUUCCAGAAGGAAAUCAUAUAUUCUGGUUCAAAGAUAAUAAUAAAAUUCAAGAUGCCUCACAAGCAGGAAUAGUCACUGAAGAAAGUACAGUGGAUUCCAGUGGUUUUUACUCACGAUCAGCCCAUUGGACAUUUAAACCAACGGCUCGUGAUCAUGGGAAAGAGUUCAAGAUGCAAUUCCUUCAUUCUGAAACUUCAACCAAGCCUGUCACAUCCAGUUACUGUCUUCAAUUAAGAGUUUCAUUGCCAAAGAUCUCAGAAAUUAAGGCGGAUCCACCUUGCCCUGAAAUAGGAAAGCCUGUAACACUUUCCUGCACGGCUUAUGGAUUUUUUCCAGAAGGAAAUCAUAUAUUCUGGUUCAAAGAUAAUAAUAAAAUUCAAGAUGCCUCACAAGCAGGAAUAGUCACUGAAGAAAGUACAGUGGAUUCCAGUGGUUUUUACUCACGAUCAGCCCAUUGGACAUUUAAACCAACGGCUCGUGAUCAUGGGAAAGAGUUCAAGAUGCAAUUCCUUCAUUCUGAAACUUCAACCAAGCCUGUCACAUCCAGUUACUGUCUUCAAUUAAGAGUUUCAUUGCCAAAGAUCUCAGAAAUUAAGGCGGAUCCACCUUGCCCUGAAAUAGGAAAGCCUGUAACACUUUCCUGCACGGCUUAUGGAUUUUUUCCAGAAGGAAAUCAUAUAUUCUGGUUCAAAGAUAAUAAUAAAAUUCAAGAUGCCUCACAAGCAGGAAUAGUCACUGAAGAAAGUACAGUGGAUUCCAGUGGUUUUUACUCACGAUCAGCCCAUUGGACAUUUAAACCAACGGCUCGUGAUCAUGGGAAAGAGUUCAAGAUGCAAUUCCUUCAUUCUGAAACUUCAACCAAGCCUGUCACAUCCAGUUACUGUCUUCAAUUAAGAGUUUCAUUGCCAAAGAUCUCAGAAAUUAAGGCGGAUCCACCUUGCCCUGAAAUAGGAAAGCCUGUAACACUUUCCUGCACGGCUUAUGGAUUUUUUCCAGAAGGAAAUCAUAUAUUCUGGUUCAAAGAUAAUAAUAAAAUUCAAGAUGCCUCACAAGCAGGAAUAGUCACUGAAGAAAGUACAGUGGAUUCCAGUGGUUUUUACUCACGAUCAGCCCAUUGGACAUUUAAACCAACGGCUCGUGAUCAUGGGAAAGAGUUCAAGAUGCAAUUCCUUCAUUCUGAAACUUCAACCAAGCCUGUCACAUCCAGUUACUGUCUUCAAUUAAGAGUUUCAUUGCCAAAGAUCUCAGAAAUUAAGGCGGAUCCACCUUGCCCUGAAAUAGGAAAGCCUGUAACACUUUCCUGCACGGCUUAUGGAUUUUUUCCAGAAGGAAAUCAUAUAUUCUGGUUCAAAGAUAAUAAUAAAAUUCAAGAUGCCUCACAAGCAGGAAUAGUCACUGAAGAAAGUACAGUGGAUUCCAGUGGUUUUUACUCACGAUCAUCCCAUUGGACAUUUAACCCAACUGCUCGUGAUCAUGGGAAAGAGUUCAAGAUGCAAAUCCUUCAUUCUGAAACUUCAAGCAAGUCUGUCACAUCCAGUUACUGUCUGCAAUUAAGAGACCAUACCUCUAAGAAAGAUGGCAGCAGUAAAGAAAAAGAGGAAGACUCUGACUCUGCCCGUACGGAAGGUUCCAGAAGUUCCUCCUUUUCAAAAGACCAUACCUCUAAGAAAGAUGGCAGCAGUAAAGAAAAAAAGGAAGACUCUGACUCUGCCCGUACGAAAGGUUCCAGAAGUUCCUCCUUUUCAAAAGCAGAUGUAUGGCAGAAGGUUUCAGAAAUAAAGUGCCCCACAAAAAGUCCUAAAAUUGGUCAACCAGUAACUCUUUCUUGCGAUGUUAAAGGAUGUGCCCUCGAAGAGGCUCGUAUCUUCUGGUACAGACAUGCUUAUCCUUUUGUGAAAAGGAGUUUGUUACAAACAAGCCAUUUCAAAAUGCUAGCGGUUUCACCACUGAGCUAACUUAUACAUCAAAAGCAAAUGAUAAAUGUCACAUCCAAGUUCAAAUUGAAUUUAAGUUGGAAGAACAUAUGAAACAGUAUGACUUGAUAUUAAUUUGAAUUUAUAUAGUAUUUUCUGGAGAAGUGAGCAUGGAAUCCUUUUUAAUUGAAGACUGUACUUCAAUUAUAACUGAGAAUAAAAUAAUUUACUGUCAACUUCAUUGUUCUUUUGCAGUUUACCAUCCAGUAUCCAUUCACCAUUCUGAUUGGUAAAUUAGUCCAGUUUAGUUAACGUACUGUUUAUUUAAGUCACAAAAGUUGCAUAAUUGUGAGGCAGACAUUGAUUUAGUUGUAGGUGUAAGGAGAAAUUAAUUGAGGAUCCAGAUGUGUCCCAAGAGCUCAUGUACAGUAGGAGUUGUCUGAUCUGACACAUUAAGCCACUAUGAUGUAAUUGUGUCGAUCUGCUGGACAAAUCCAUGAAUCAUUUAUUACAGUUAAGUUGAGCUCUUAUGCCAUUUGCACAAAAGUGUGACUACUAUUAGUGCAUUUACGGAACAAUGCCUCUCUCCUCCCUUUGCCCCAGCUAAUCAGGUAGAUCAGAUGCAUUGAUCAAUUUUGUAAAUUUUCUAGAAACACAACAAAAUGCUAGAGGAUCUCAGCAAGCUGGGCAGCACCUGUUGAGAGGAAUGAAGGGGCAAUGCACACAGGAAUCAAAAACAUACAGAGCACAGGUUUAACGUGAGAGGGGAAGAGUAUCAAAGAGACCUGUGGGACAGUCUGAUACUUGUACAAUAAAAACAUUUAAGUGUUUGGAUGAGUACCUGGAAUGGAAGGUUUUAAAGGAAUAUCAUGGGCAAGAGGAUUCUCGAAAAAAGAUUUACAAGCUUCCAGUAAUUGUCCCUCCUUCAUUGUUUCCUGCCUCCCUCCCCCUUUAGAAAUUCCCCAAUCCCGUUUCCCUUUCUCACCUUAUCCCCCUUACCUGCCCAUCCCCACCCUCCGGUACUCCUCCCCCUUCCCUUUCUUCUAUGGUCUUCUGUUCUCUCCUUUCUGAUUUCCCCUUCUCCAGCCCUUUAUCUCUUUCACCAACCAACUCCCCAGCUCUAUACUUCACCCCUCCCCGACUCCGUUUCACCCAUCUCCUACCACUUUGUACUUUUUCCUCCCCUCCCCCAGCCAUCUUACUCGGAUCUCUUUUUUUCCCCAUUCUUGAUGAAAGGUCUCAGCCAGAAACAUCAGCUGUUUACUCUUUUCCAUAGAUACUGCCUGGCCUGCUUGCAUCUUCAGCCCUUCAUUAUUACAAGGUUUUAACAUUUUAGAACUAAUGUUAAGGUCGUUGGAAUUCAGCCAGCCCUUCAUUAUUACAAGGUUUUAACAUUUUAGGUUGUAACAAUCCCUGUCGUAUGCAGAACCCCUUUUCUGUCUUUAAAUGUUACUAUUAUAAACCAGAAAGGGGAUUUCUGCAAUCCAGCAUUAUCGCACCAGAAAGCUUGAUUGCAUCAAAGAAUUGUGUACUGUUUACUGAGAGGUGUUUUCAUUUUUAAAGCGCUUUAGCCAUCAGUAAUUAAAUAUUAGACUCUCUGUAUGUGAACACAUUUGAAGGUGAUAGAUAAAUGUUCUAUAUUAACAUAAUUUUUAAGAUUUACGUGUAUAUGUUAUGUCAGUUUGGGCAGCAAAAUUAUUGAGCCUUGUUACACAAGUAUAUAUGUAAAAUGUCUAAACUUUCAUGUGUUAGCCAAAGCUUAGAAUCAUAUCAACUAAAGCUGUGGCCCCACUAUAACUGAAUAAUCUAUGCUUGUAUGCAAGUCCUGAAGUUCUCUCAUUUUUACAGAGAGAGAAAGGAAACUGCUGAUAAAUAUGAUGUAGUGGGAUUUGGUAGGCCAUCUGGUACUUGGAAAUUUCAGUGAGAAAAGGAUCAAAUAUACCAUUCACUGAGAAUUAUAUGCUGGUUAACAACUGGUAGUAAAAUUGGAUUCAGAUAUGGGAAUAGGAAAUGAGGGCUGCACCACGAGAAUUGGAAGAGAAAAUCUUGGAUGAAUUUCUGGUAGGGCAAUAAAAGCAUGAAUGUACAUUGUAUGUCAUUUUUUAUUGUCUCUUAAAAUAUAUUUUCAUUAAAUGUAUUCGAAUUCUAGAAAUUAUAAUUUGUGUAUAUGAAUGUGACUGCCUCCUAACAAUUACAUCUAGCAUUUGUAAAUGAAUUAUUGUUUGAUAUUAGCAUUUGUCUCCAAUUUGACAAACAUAUUCUGUUUACAAGGUCAUUUCAUAAGUAGGUAAUAAAGACAUGUUUUCAGUAAGAUGGCAGUGCACUCGAGUGCAGAAGAUCCACAAGGCCUUUUUUAAACUUUUUUUUUAAUGAUUGCAAGGCACUGCUGGACACAAGGAACUUCAGGCACUGCAAGUCUACCCCAUCAGCAAGUUGCAUGUUGGCAGAGGGGCUGGAUUUGGUGUGAUCAUAUUGCUGCCUGCUAUAGAGAGGCAUUGGAAUCAGUGCAUGAAGGCAGUGUGCAGUCUAACAGCCAGUGAUUGUCUCAGUCAUUUUUCUUAUAAUCGCAAGCCCCUGGUGGAUAUUGGUAGCAUGUAAUGCUACAAGUCUGAUUCACUGCUUUAUUGGCAGGACAGACACGGGGAGCUGUGCAUCCUCAGUUGUAACAUGCACUAGACCUCAUGCUGUGCUGUUGCCUGUUGCAGCCGGUGGUAGUGUGCUGCUUCCAGUGCUGUGUAUGACUGUUGGUACUGUGUUUUGCACCUUGGCCCCAGAGGAACACUCCCGUAUCUCUUACCAUAGCUUCACUCCUCUUGUAUCUCAAAACUACUGCAGUCUGUCAAGUUAAUCUGCCAAUAAUUGUACCACUCAAUCUCUUCUGGCCUUCUCCCUAUCAUAGAACCUCCAUUUUGUUUCCUUUACUCUUUCAUCCUCUGCAUUUUUUUUAUUACCAUUAACAUUUUAUAGUGUUGAUGAAGAGUCAUCAGCUUGAAACACUAACUCAGUUUCUCCUUCCAUUCUACGCCAGCGAGCCACACAGGCCAGCGGCUUUCAAUAAACAGGUAAGACACUGCAACAUUCUACCCAUCAAAAGCCACAACACUGAUGCUCGGCCCAAAGGCUUGUAUAACCCUCAUGGGCGCCUCGCUAUACUACACACAAAACAUAAUAAUAAUACCCAAAACUAACAAUCAACCAGUUACUACCCAGUGAGAGUAGUCCACCAGCCUCCCAGUGCUCCAAAAACCAUCUGGGGAGUAGUAGUUAUGAAGCUGGACCCCUACUUUCCUGAUCUUAUUUACUGAAUGCUGGAUAUGAUCAGCCAGGUGAGUAAUGUUCCCAGACUCAUUGGGGAUGUAGGUGCAGCAUUUCUGACCAAUCACAGCACAGCUGUCACCCAUCACUGCAAAUAGGUAGUCCAAGGCCAUGGGAUUUUGCAAGGCCACCAGCUGAACAGGCAUCAGUUCAGCUGACACUUUGCUCAGUGCACCCUCUGUAGGUUUGAAUGCUGAGGCUGUCCCAUUGGUAGUGUCUCCAUGAGAAAAGCCAUGCGUAUCAGUUGCCAGGACAGCCUGGUUGUACCAUACAGGGGAAAGGCUAUCAGACAUCCCACCCUGCAAAAACUCAUUUGAGGGAGAUAGCACCACCAUUCCCAUAUUCCCCCCCCCCACCCCGGGUCGACCUCCAGGGCGCAUGUAUAUGGGACAUUUGAUUAUGAAAGAGCACAACAAUUUAUUUGACACAUAUUGAAACUAUAUAUAUACACACACACACACACACACACACA